UGGCACUGGAACCGGACGGACGACAUGGCCCCUCGCUGCCUCUUCAUCUUUCUAGUGCUGAUCAUUGCGUCGUCGGCGGCGGGCGAUAUGGUGGCGGAUACAUGCGCCAGAUGCAGCAACGGCAACCCCAACGUGAACUACACCCUGUGCGUGGCGUCCCUGUCGGAGUACUCCGGCAGCGGCGGCGCCGACCUCCAUGGCCUCGCUCUCAUCUCCGCCAUGCCACUCCGCUCGGGCCUGGCCAGCAUCGCCUCGGAGGCCAGGGUGCUCCGCGACAGGUCGGCGCCUGGGUCAGCGGCGAGGUCGUGCCUGGAGGCGUGCAUGGCCGUGUUCCGCGACGCUGCCUUCGACCUCGGCAACGCGGUGGCGGCCAUGGAGGCGUGGAGGUACGGCGACGCCAAGACGGCGAUGAGCGCGGCCGUCGACGCGCCGGUGACGUGCGAAGACGAGUUCAAGGAGCAGGGCAUGACGGCGCCGGCGGGCAUCAAGGCCAAGAGCAAGCCCCUCUUCCAACAGGGCGUCAUCUCCCUCGCCAUCAUCUCCCUGCUCUAGCUCUUUUUUUCCGAUCGAUGGAUCGAUAUGCAUCCAUGCUACCUAGCUUGCUAGCUACAAAUCAAACUAGCAGUUGCAUUCAAUAAUUGAUUCGAUCAUAUCGAUUAUGACUAAUUUUACGGUUAUUACGAAGAUAUCAAGAAGUACCAUCAUUUUCAUAUAAAAUUCGGUAUCUUAGGUACUAGAAGAUACCAAAUUUAACACUAAAAUUUUAAUACAUCUCAGUAACUACUCAAAGACCGUAAAAUUGCUCAUCGAAUUCUAUAUCAAUACUACCACUAGGGUAUAUGAUCCAUCAAUGUAUAUCUUGUUAAUUAAUAUCUUGGCAGCAUGAUUGAUAUAUUCUAGCUAGCAUGCAUGUGUAAUUAAUGCAUGUAUACAAAAGGAGUUAAUUAAGCAGCAUGCAUGCUAAGCUAUAAAAUGGUAGUAUAUAUAUCUUUCCAAUGAUCCAAU